AUGCAUGAAGCAAAAGAGACAAAGAUAUUUGAUGCGAAGGUAUUUUUGAGCGCUCAAGGGACUGGAGUAGCUGUGAUGACGACAUGUCACCGGGUGUUUGUUGUGACUGACAUCCGACAGUCCCAUCGGGCAAAGCGUCUUGUUGAAAUCCCUUCACGAGGUACAUUCUUGACAUGGGCCAUCUAUGAGGCUGAGCGGUUCACCCGCAUAUUUGUCUCCAUGCAAGACGGCCUUUAUCGUCUUGACUUCAUUGAAUCUAUCCACAUGGCUGCACUACAGACAGAUGUUCCUGAACUUCGAGUGAACAUUGCUUCCACUGUGGCAAUGUUGUCAGCUUUUCUUGAGGUGGAUGGUCGACCACAUAACAUUGAUGGUGUGGAUGAUUCAAGAAUUAUCACUGAUAUCAGUAUAUCAGUGAAUGGUGAGAAUGGAGCUUUGUACUUUGACUCUGGCCACCUUUGGAUGGGCUCUUCAGACUUCACCAAGAAAUUUGCCCUUGUGCCCAUUGAUAUUCCAGGAAAACCAAAGCAGAUGGCUUGGUAA